CGACAGACUGGUGUGUCAUAGGUUUAAACAAAUGACGUAAUGGUAUAUGUUAAUUAGGCAACUGUCAGAUUCGACUAACGUGGGUUGCAACAAAGGAGAUCGAGUGUGCGUCGCGCGUCGGUCCUUGUUAAUGACUUUGGUUUUUUGGGGGCACUUCCUGUAUAAUUCCACACUACGUUGAACGUGUAUUGCUCCAGGCAGAUAAUCAUAAUGAAUACAUCAAAAUUGGAAAGUGUACCCAGGGUUAUCUUAUGGUCAGCACCGAGAUGCAUAUCAACAGCUUUUGAGAGAUCAAUAAGGACUCUACAGGAUGUACACGUGAUGCACGAGUGUUACUGCACUGCAUCAUACCUCGGCAAGGAGAGAACGAGCCAGCGGUACAAAGACCAGGAACCGAUCGACGGUUUCAGCUUCAAUGAAGUCAAGAAGCUACUUGAGGACAACUACCCAGGAUGCAGUGCAAUCUUCAUGAAAGACAUGGCAUACUCGAUGGCCGGCAAGUUGCACACCUUACCGGAGGGUUACAGUCAUACUUUUUUAAUACGAAAUCCGUCCAAAGCAGUGAGUUCGUUAUACCGAACAAUAUCAAAAGGCAACAUGCCCGAGUGGUCUUCCUUUAAUUUGGAAGAGGUUGGUUUCUGUGAGAUGUGGGAGCUGUAUCAGUAUGUCAAAGAGAAUUUUGGCAUCCAGCCAGUUGUAGUAGAUGCGGAUGAGUUGCUGAGCAACCCGGCUGGGAUGAUGAAGGCUUACUGCGAAGCUACCAAUUUGCAAUACAAAGACACUAUGCUUAAUUGGGAGCCUGAAAAUCAAGACCAGUGGUUAUGGGAGAAGGACUGGUACGGCACCGUCAAGGGCAGUUCGGGUUUUAUAGUCAAUCCAGGUGGCAGUGCGGCCGUUUCCAAGCUUGACGUUUCAAGCUUGCCAGAUUUUGUCCAGGAUGCCAUAAGUGCCGCCCAACCUUACUACGAUAAGCUGUUCAAUUGCCGCCUUAAGUUGUAGGCGUGUAAUCUUGAAUAUUCCAAAAUGAAUGAUUACAUCUACUAUGAUAACUCUCUAACCUUGUACUUUUUGUUUUUAUUUAAGACAUUUUGUACAAUUGAACAUGCAACUAUAUCAUUGCAUUUAUUUUCAGAAAACUGGGAUGUGAAAUGAUUGGACACAUUUUUUUUGUCUAUAUAUGCUCAAGGAAACUGAAAAACCAUCCUGAUAUUUUUGAUUUUUUUUUUCAAACAUCUUGAUAAAAAUCCAACGGAAAAGUUUGUCAAUUUGGUUUAAAUGCAGAAAUUAUAGAAAAAUGUUCAAAAAUGUAAUACCACAAUUUUGGCACUUCAAAGUUUAAUGGGCUUGUAUUCAUGAUUCAGUGUGAAAAAAAAUAAUUAAUUUCAGAAAUACAAGUAACUACCGAUAACUGCCCACCCAGUGUAAACUUCUUUUCCACUGCCAACAAAAUUUUUAGUUUUGUAAUCGCUCAAGCAAACUCAAUGUAUAGUACAUUGAUAUAGUUGCAUGUCCAGUAAGUUAGAGAAAAUACUAAUUAAAACUUAAUAUACGGAUUUACUCAAAGUUGUCACCUUAAAUAUGCAGACCUCAACAGGCACUAUGUACCUGUAACCACUUUUGACCAUAAUUUUACUUAUCAAUUUGUGUGCUUAAUAUUUAAGCGUUAACAUUUCAAACUGAUUUUACAGUCUGUACCUAUUUAACUAACCUUUUACUAACACCGUCUUUUAUUUAUAGGCUAUUCAUUGCCUCCACAAUGUGCCAAAUUUGACGAAUACUAACACAUUUAAGUAGUAUACAAUUACUGUCUAUCAGAUUUUGUCUUGUAUUGUCACUUUUGAGGCUCAUCUGCUGUGACUUGGAAGGUCAAUGAUCAAUGGCUUAUAACCCCUGACCCUAACGCCUGAUGCAUGAUAGCCAAUCAAUAAGCUACCUUUCGAGUGACUGCAGAAUAGCAGCCAGUUUUUGUAAACUGUUUUGUAUGCUUUGUAAUUUUUGAUACGUUUUAUAACAUCCAAUUUACAGAAGGGAAGAAGUGCAUUUUAACCUCAACACAUUUACAGACUAAUUUUUAUUAGUAAUGUUUAUGGAGUAUUUAUUGCAUGUAACUUAUCAUUGCAAAGAUGCCUAACUUAAUGCAUGAGAAAGGGGGCUCUGUAUAAAGUAACCUUCAUGUAUCUGUCAUGACAUAUUCCUUGUUUUCACUUUUAUAUUCAUGCAGGUGAUUUAUACUCAUUUUAUAGUUUACUGUAUUGAAUGAUUGAAUUUACAUCUGCCAAACAAAAUCCUGGAAUAUCCACGUUGUCUGUGUAAAACAGAACAAAGACUACCGUAGCUUUUGCAUGUGUCUGAAUUAUGUUUAGUUUAUUUAAGGUCAAAAAUGACAUGUCUGAUAAUGUAGUUAGUUUUUAAAUUGAUAUUACAGCAAUAUUUAUACUACAUUAGUACAUUGCGUCAAUAAAGUCUAAUCAA